AUGGAUCCUAGCGGAACACCCCAAGCUAGCAUCAUUAGCUCUAUAGAUAUCGUUGAUGAUCUGGAUUUCCUGUCCUCGCGUAGUAACGCAGGAAAACAAAAGGCAAAAGUCGUGUUAGCUGGUGGCGAAGAUAGGUCUAAAGUUGAGGGUUUUAUCACCAGGAGAGGAUCUGAACUUGCAUUGAAGCAUUUAAGCCUGAAAUCUGGUGGUUCCUUGUUUGACAAGCUCCCAAAAUUGUGGGAGUGCCUCACUGAGGUUCUUGUUCCUGGAAUUCCUGCAGAUCAACAGAAUAUUGACCUUAAAAUAGAAUCUAUCUCGGAUCCACAGGUCUUGAUAAACAACAUCCAGGUUGCUGCUUGGAAAUGUUUGAACAUAGCUCACAUAGCAAUCCCAGUGGUACGUUCAAUAGCACCAGUGAUGGAAGAAACACUGAAACCUAGACUACUCAGUCUCCUGCCUUGUAUUUUCAAAUGUGUUCGCCACUCCCAUGUGGCUGUUAGAUUGGCUGCUUCUAGAUGUGUUAUGACAAAGGCUAAAUCAAUGACAACAAAUGUCAUGGCAGCAGUAGUGGAAAAUGCUAUUCCAAUGUUGGAAGAUUUGACAUGCAUUAAUGCCAGACAAGGCGCAGGAAUGCUUAUUGGUUUGCUUGUUCAAGGGCUGGGUGUAGNNNUGGUUCCAUAUUCUCCUUUAUUGGUUGUUCCCCUCUUGAGAUGCAUGAGCGAUGUUGACAGUUCAGUCAGGCAGAGUGUGACACGUAGCUUUGCUGCCCUUGUACCUAUGCUUCCAUUAGCNCGUGGGGUUCCCCCACCUGUAGGGUUGAGCAAAGAUCUAUCCAGCAAUGCAGAGGAUGCAAAAUUCUUGGAGCAGUUACUUGACAACUCCCAUAUAGAUGAUUACAAGCUUUGCACUGAGUUGAAAGUUUCAUUGAGAAGNUAUCAACAAGAAGGAAUCAAUUGGCUAGGAUUCCUGAAACGUUUUAAGCUCCAUGGAAUUCUCUGCGAUGAUAUGGGGCUUGGUAAGACGCUUCAAGCAUCUGCAAUUGUGGCGUCUGAUGCAGCAGAGCGUCGCAGUUCAACAGAUGAACCAGAUGUUUUUCCAUCUAUAAUUGUUUGCCCUUCAACACUGGUUGGCCAUUGGGCAUUUGAAAUUGAGAAGUAUAUCGACCUUUCUUUGCUAAGCGUGCUGCAGUAUGUUGGCUCUGCUCAAGACCGCAAUUCUCUCCGUGAACAGUUCAACAAUCACAAUGUCAUUAUAACAUCUUAUGAUGUGGUCCGCAAGGAUGCUGACUAUCUAACACAGUUCUUAUGGAACUAUUGUAUUCUGGAUGAGGGGCACAUUAUUAAGAAUGCUAAAUCUAAAAUUACUUCAGCAGUGAAACAAUUGAAGGCUCAGCACCGGCUUAUCCUUAGUGGAACGCCAAUACAGAAUAAUAUCAUGGAGCUGUGGUCCCUUUUCGAUUUUUUGAUGCCUGGAUUUCUCGGGACAGAAAGACAGCUAGAGAUCCUAAAUGCUAUGGAAGCACUCCAUAAGCAGUUUCAGGCUUGUCUCUCUCUCACCUCUGGUUUCUCGAUCUCUCUAAUCUAUAAAGAUCUGAUUCUAAGUCUUUGUUCCGCUGUUAUCACAGCUCAUCGUCAUCUUCCAUUCGCUCUCCGGCAUCUGUAUUAUUGUAUGGCGAAUCGUAUGUUGAGGGAUAUCCUGACGAAAGGUUAUUGCGGGAUGAUGUCUACAAUUAUCCACCUGGACAUAAUACCUCAAUCUGGAGGGCGAAAUUAUCCCCGUGACCUUCGUAGGCAGGAAAAGCCUUACACUGAGUCAACUUAUGAUGAAGCAGGGAGUCGUAAUGGAUACUACCGUGAUCAUGGACAUGAAAGGUCAUCCCGGUAUGACUAUUCUGGCAGAAGAGACGGGAGCGGAAUGAAAGAACCGGUGCAAGCAGGACUAGGGAGUCACCAGAAGAAAGUUGAUGCUGAGUUUGAGGUUCAGCCUGGUGAUACAUACAGAACUCUUCUCCAUAAGAAAGCACUUGCAAGGUUUCGUGACAUGUCUGACUAUAAUUCUAUGUUUGGUUUGUGUGUUUAA